AUGAUCCCCUCCUGUGUGCAGGGUCCAGGGAAUUGUUCCACGUGUGCCCAUUUCAAAGAUGGCCACUGGUGCGUGGCCCACUGCCCUCAUGGCGUCCUGGGAGAUGAAAACAUGCUGAUCUGGAAAUACGCAGAUUGGUCAGGCCAGUGCCAGCUGUGCCACCAGAACUGCAUCCAAGGAUGUUCUGGUCCUGGAUUGUUUGGAUGCCAAAGUAAAACAACUCACUCCACGUUGGCGGUGGGCAUUGUUAGCGGACUCCUGGUCGCAGUCAUCGUGUUGUUGCUCAUCCUCGUGUUGCUACGGCGACAGCGAAUCAGGAAGAAGAGGACUUUACGCCGGCUCAUGCAGGAGAAGGAGCUGGAGCCAUUGACCCCGAGCGGUCAGGCUCCCAACCAAGCACAUCUGUGGAUCCUGAAGGAGACGGAGCUAAAGAAGGACAGGGAGCUCGGUUCUGGUGCCUUUGGGACCGUCUAUAAAGGGUUUUGGUACCCUGAAAAGGAGAAUGUAAGGAUCGCUGUCGCCAUCAAAGUUCUCAAAGAGGCCACAUCCCCCAAAGCCAACCAAGAAGUCCUGGACGAGGCGUAUGUGAUGGCGAGCGUGAACCAUCCUCACGUGUGCCGCCUGCUGGGGAUCUGCCUGACAUCCUCGGUGCAGCUGGUCACUCAGCUGAUGCCGUACGGCUGUUUGCUGGACUACGUCCGACACCACAAGGAUCGUAUUUGUGCUCAGUGGCUCCUCAACUGGUGUGUUCAGAUCGCCAAGGGGAUGAACUACCUGGAGGAGAAUCACCUGGUCCACCGAGACCUGGCGGCGAGGAACGUCCUGUUGAAAAAUCCAAAUCACGUCAAAAUUGCCGACUUCGGCCUCGCCAAGCUUCUGACGGCUGACGAGAAGGAAUAUCAAGCUGACGGAGGGAAGGUUCCCAUCAAGUGGAUGGCUUUGGAGUCCAUCCUUCGGUUCACCUUCACCCAUCAGAGCGACGUCUGGAGCUACGGUGUGACGGUCUGGGAGCUGAUGACGUUUGGCUCCAAACCGUACGACGGCAUCCCAGCCACCGAGAUCGCCUCGAUGCUGGAGAAUGGGGAGCGGCUUCCUCAGCCUCCUAACUGCACCAUCGAGGUCUAUAUGAUCAUGGUGAAAUGUUGGAUGAUCAAGCCAUCCUGCCGGCCCCGGUUCAGAGAGCUGGUGGCAGAGUUCUCUCAAAUGGCCCGCGACCCGUCCAGAUACCUGGUCACACAGGGGGACCUGCCGAGUCCGUCAGACAGCAGGUUCUACUCCCGCCUGCUGAGCUCGGACUACACCGAGGAUCUAAUUGACGCCGACGAGUACCUGCUGCCGUACAACGAACAGAGUAACCAUGGCAAUCAUCCCUGCAGAGCCAUGAACGGCCUCCCAUUCAGAGAGAACAGCAUCGCCCUCCGAUACAUCACCGAUCCCACUCACGGUCCGCCGGACAGAGAAGACGUCAGUAACCACGAGUACCUGAACCAGACUCUGAGUGAAACCCGGCGCAGCAGCAAGCUAUCGGAGGGUUUGAAUCCUCGCUACGAGGACCUGGACCAGGACUGGUGUAAGACGUCUCUCUCCUCCCUGCAGGGGGAGCCAAAGUUCUCCGGACCCGAGUACCUAAACACCGCCCGGAGCUCGCUCCUAAACUAUGAGGUUGUCGACGACAACCCGGACUAUAAGACCAUCUUCCUGUUUCAAGCGGAGGCUACGAACGGGGACGGCGAGUUCCUCCCGGCGGCAGAGAACCUGGAGUACCUGGGUCUGAGUGCUGCGCUGCACGCUCCUGUCCGCUAGGGGGCAGCAGAGUCCGACGAGUCGGAGUGAAACUGUUUUCUCAGGAAACUCUGGAACAGAAUCCUGAAGGAAGUGUUCCAAACCCGUUUUUUUAACCCACUCAAGGAAGUAAUUUCAGCUAAAAGGAACCCACAGAAGGUGUUUCUAUAAAAAAAAGAACAGAUUUCUUUUAAACGGCUGAACUUGAGUGUUUGGACCCUGCAGCAGGACCCAGACAGGAGGAAGACGAUGAGCAGCUUUAUUUCUGUUGGAAUGCUUCUUUCUCUGAGCUUCCAACAUCUGGACUUUAUGAACUGAGCCAUGUUUAAACUCAUUUUAUCGCCUGUCAGAGAGCGAGGUCUGUGCAUGUCUGAGCAACUGGAUCCAGUACCAAAUAACAACAAAA